CCACAAUCCAACCAUUGUCGAUGUAAACCGCAAAUGAACGGUUUUGACCCCCUUUCUCGCAAUGCAUUUUUCACAGUUUCUCACGAGGAAGCGUAGCCACUGAUCUGCCUAAGGGAUGGAGUCUCUCUUCGGGGGCGAGCUGGGCCUCCUGGGCGGGGGCGAGGGGCUGAGGGAUGACGGCUGCGGCUUGGGGUCGGGGGUCAACUGGUCGUGCUCACCCAUCCAAGACGACAUGUACCCCUCCCACUUCGCCCUGGCCGCCGCCUACCAUGACAUCAAGACGCGAUUGGCCAGCCUGGAGCGAGAGAACAGCAGCAUCAAGAGGAAGCUGAAGAACUAUGAGGUCAAGUUCCCUAUGAUCAGUGAGUUUGAGGAGGAGAGGACCCUACAGUGCUGCUCCUGUGAACCCAAGGAGACCAGCCUACUGCAGUCAGAGACCACCAACCUGCAACAGAGAGUCAACUCCCUCACACAGGAGCUCCAGAAGAGUAAAGAGCGAGAGGAGAGGCUGGAGGAUGUGAUUCAGGCCUAUGAGAAGAUCCACAUGGAGAAGAGUAACGUUCAGAGAGACCUGGACAAGAUGACAACACUAGCAGAGCAGCAUAUGGAGCGUAUCUGUGGUCUGGAGUCAGCUCUGAGGCAGAGGGAGGGGUCCCUGCAAAAACUCAGUGCUCAGCUGCACAGCAAGAACAUUCAUUACCUACAGCUACACACCAGUCUGGACGUGCCUCACGAGCGGAACGGGCGGGGUCCGACCCUGCAGAGCUCUCGUAGUCUGGACGCCGUGUCCGACCUGAAGCUGCAGCGGUUGGAGGCGGAGCUAGAAGGGGCGCGGCAGCAGGCCCAGGGUGCGUGUCAGAGAGAGAAGGAGAUGAAGGAGGAGCUACAGAGGCUGCAGGCAGAGAUCAGACAGCUGCAGCAGAAUGUACAGAGACAGGAGGUGACCACACCCUGUGAGCACUGUGACAUGGAAUGGAUAAAGAAGGCAGGAGAUGAACAGGUGAACCUGGCGUUGGCCUACACUGAGCUGACAGAGGAGCUGGUGCGUGUGCGAGGUCUGGCUGUCAAACAGACUGAGAUCCUCAGGAAGGCAUCCCACGAGCAGAUGGUCCUGAGACACUCCCCAGCCCCCCAGCGUCGCUCCCCAGCCUCCCAACGCCCCUCCCCAGACCGCCUCCACCCCUCUCCUCCCCUCUCACCUUCCUCACCCCCUUCUGGCCCCGCAUCCUACUCCCCAACUGGCCUCUCUUACUCCCCCACCGGCCCAGCCUCCUACUCCUGCCGGCCAACCAGCCAACGGCUGCGUGCCCGCUUCCAGGGGCGCCGCAGCUACUCGGAGGUGGCCGACUCGUCUGCCCACCAGAGGCCCCCCCCCAGGCUGCUCCGUGACCCAGUCUCCACACUGCCCAAGCCCAAGAACAUGGCGGAGUCUGGGGCUUAUUCCCGCCCGCCCAGGAUUUCCCUGGUGGGGCUUCCCCGGCCAGCCUCGGCCCGUGGAGCUGUAGGUGCUGGUGGAGGGGGAGGAGGUGGUGGCAGCAGCCUGAGCAGUAGCCCCCACCACCAUGCCCUGGAGCUGUGCUUCCCUCUAGCUGCAGAGGGGCGUCACUUCUGUCAUCUGAAGGAUCCCCCAGCCCCCACCCCACAGGUCACCCCGCCCCAGUCGUCUGACGAUGAGGAGUGGAGGUGCCCAUCCCCGGUCUCCAGUCCUCCCAGGACACUGGGGGCCAUGGGGGUAAGCUCACGGGAACCCCCUCCCUGCCCUUCCUUCUUGGCCCUAAAGGAUCCGGCUACCCUCGCCUGCCACCUGCCAGGGUACCUGAACGCAGACCACGCCCAGUCCUGGCCCUCCAUCAAUUUGUGGAUGGAGACGGAGGAGAACGAUGCCCGGAGCUGCCCUCUGUGUCAGCUGACCUUCCCCACUGGUUACCCUGACGACGCCCUCAUCAAACACAUCGACACUCACCUGGAGAACAGCAAGAUCUAACCACCCC